GCUGAUCGUGACGGUUCACGGACUAUCGGUGUAAUGACCAAGCCUGAUACGCUGACCCCGGGAUCUAUCAAGGCAAAAGACCUCUGGCUGGAGAUCCUCGAGGGUCGCUCGCAGAAUCAUUUCCUCCGCCACGGUUACUAUUGCACUCGCCAGCCAGAUGAUGGAGAACGUACUGCAGGCAUCACACCUUCAGAGGCUCGCGAGGCGGAAACACGUUUCUUUCAAAACACAGCUCCAUGGGAUACGUCAGCAGAUAAGCAACGCUUUGGAACCAAGAACCUCGUGAAGUAUCUCAGCGGGAUGCUCACUCAGAUAAUCAAUAAAGUUCUACCGAAACUUCAGCGCGAGGUAGAGAACAAGCUCACCGCAUGCUAUACAGAGCUGCGAAAGCUACCGAAGGAAGUGACGAGCGAACCUGCCGCUUUCGUGUUUGGUCUCCUCUCGUCUUUCUGCACAGACAUACGGUCACGUGUCUCAGGUAUCCCAGGUGCAGAAAUUCUGGUACAACAGAGUCGACGCGAGUUUGAGGCUCUCAAGCAUGCCAUUCGCGGCACUGCACCAAGGUUCAUACCACUUCCCUCGGCAAGGGACGCACCUUUCAGCUCCACCGUGGACGUGCUCUCUGAUUUGGAUGAAGACAAUGAAACAAUCAUAAACGGUCUUCCUCCUGGAACAUCGACUAAUGAGAUAUACUUGAAGGAUAUGCGUGUUCAUAUCCGACGGUCCAUGACGCGCGAAUUGCCCUUCAACGUCCCCUACCCGGCCAAGACACUAUUGAUACAGAGGUUCCAAGAGACCUGGGAGAGGGAAUGCUUCGCCUGCUUCGAAAAAAUACAGCGGCUUUUCAACCGCACGCUCUCCCAGUUGAUGCGUGACCGCUUCGGGCGUUUUAGACAUCUCGAAAGUCAAAUUGAAGCCGCCGUCAUGUCGUUGCUUCAAGUGCGCCGCACUGCUGCGUCCGAGCAGAUCGAGAUUCUCUUGAAAUUCGAAACUACGCCCUUCACUCAGAAUACCCACUAUCUCUCUGAUGCAACAGACAAGGUACUCUCCCGAUACAAGGACAUACGUGGUGGUAGGACCAGUGUCCGUUGCCUUCCAGAAGCCGAAGCAACUGCUGAAGAACCGUUGGUGUAUCAUGCUGAUGGUAAGCAUGAAGUGAUUUUGCUGAGGAUGAGCCUCCAUCCGAAGGAUCAUCCGGUUCCGAUCGAACAAACGGCAGAAGAGAUAUAUUGGCAUGAGUCUCCUCCUCGCGAGCUGCCUCCGAAGAGAAAGGGCAAAAAAUCCAAGGGCAAAUCUCCAUGGAGCCUACGCCACCCAACAGCAAGCACAGCGGUCAAUGCGAGCGCCCCAACAUAUGCUAAUGCUAGAUACGCACCCGCUGGCAAAUUGGGUUAUGUCGGACUAACAGCGGACGACCUAGGGAAGCUCAAUCCGCCUGACGAAUACGAGGAAGAGCUCAGUGUGAUGGCGGAAGUAAGGGCUUACUUCCAGGUCUCGUACAAGGUCCUGGCACUCGGGACGCCUGACGCAGCUGCCCGUUGCGCGACGUACCUCAGCGAAGAGCUUGAUAUCGUCUCCCGCCGACAGGAGCUGACGGGGAAGAAGACGAGUCUAGAGAAGGCGAAGAUGGAGCUGAUGAGUGCGUCUCUCGCCGGUGUCGAGGUAUCUGCACCGUCGUAAGACCUUGCUCACCGACUGCAUCUGAUUAUCCCGGUGUGUACAAUAUGGUGUCAAGUAUUCCGAGACACGUGCCUUCGUUCCGUUUCAAGAGUCAGUCCAGUGGUUUCAGUAUGUGUACUUGUUUGAGGCUACAGUAUCGGUUGCGUCGUUGAUCAAUGAUGUCUCCCUCGUUGUGGUACUUCGUGUGGUGCUACUCAGUGCCAUGCGGUGUAUCUCCGGGCGCC